AUGCCGCGACCGAGCCAGGAUGGGUUGGGAUGGAAAGAGACACUGUUUGACCUUCAGUUGGCCAUCCCCCCUGAGGAUCCCUGCACUGUCGCCUUUCACGCAUCUGGGCUAUUCAAUCAACCCUAUACUGUCAAAUGUGCCAGAGGCUCCCUCAUAAUGCGUGUCUCGCUGCCGGUCUACCCACGUCACAAGACGCGCGCCGAGGUAGCCACCUUGCGGUGGGUGCGCGAGAACACCAAGGUCCCGGUCCCCAAGGUGCUCGGUUUUGACAACAGCAACGACAAUGAGAUUGGGUACGAGUGGAUCUUGACGGAGCUUAUACAGGGUGCAUCGGCACAUAAACGGUGGCGGACUAUGUCGAUGGAGCAGAAGGUUGCGCUCACGAAGCGGAUUGCGACAUCCCAGGUGCAAUUGUUGGGACCCGGGAAGCCAGGAUCCGUAUUCAGGAGCAUAGGGACGUUGGAUCUGCGGGAGGUCGUUCCUGGCUUGCUGGUGUUCCACGAGGGCCCCUUCCGCUCUAGCCAUGACUGGCUGAGCGCGGAGUUGAACAUCAUCCUGCUACAUCAGACAGCAGUUCUCGGGAAGACGGAGGGUGAAGAUGACAGAGAAGACGCCGAGGAGGUCUUGUUCGUAGCACGAAAACUACUCUCUCUUAUUCCCAAGGUCUUCCUCCCAACCUCGGACGAGUCAGAGAGAACAGGACUCUACCACCAUGACCUCCAUCUAAACAACAUUCUAGAGUGCGUCUCGGCACUACCUCCCUGGAUGUCGACUAAGGUUCCUAAGUUCCCUGACGGGCCAGUUCGGGAGAGAGAGCCGCAGCGAGGUUCGUAUGUGGAUGAGACACCCGAGGAGUCCGCCGCCGCAGCCGGGAAGCGUAACGACCCGGGUUACUUAGGUAGUGAUGGUAAGGGUGAGUUGUACUUCGUUCACAGGAUGGGGUACGAGGCAACGCAGCUGCGAAAAGUCUACGAGGCCAGGUUGAGGGAACUGUGGCUAGAGUGGCCCCUUGAGGAAAGCUAUGUGAAGAUUGACUUCUUCCAAGCAAUUUCACAAUGCGAUGGGAUAUGGGCGAAAAGGACGCGCAGAUGGGCUGACUGCAAUGGAGAAGGGCGAGAUUGUACGAUUAGAAGAUGUCUAAUCGACGGCAGAAGAAACAUCGUCGAUCUCGUCUAG